AUGUUUUCAUUUCUUACGGCAGUACUUCUAACUGAUUAUUAUUUAUAUAUUGAUGUCCGAAGAGAGGGGGAGGACACGGUAACCCUGACGUCUGGUAAUUUAUUCUUCUACCGGGAGGGCGACCAAAAAGCCCAAGGUGGAAUAGGGUUUAUCGUUCGCAGACCCCUCAUCAACAACAUCCUAGCCAUCGAAAGUGUGUCGAGCAGGGUAGCGUACCUGAUCCUCAAAAUAUCAGAUAGAUAUUCUUUGAAGGUCAUUCAGGUCUACGCGCCGACCUCGACACACUCCGAUGAAGAUGUGGAGGUAAUGUAUGAGGACAUCAGUAGAGCCAUACACACCUCGAAAACACAUUUCAAUGUUGUGAUGGGGGAUUUCAACGCGAAACUGGGCAAAAGAGGCGAUGAUGAGUUGAGAGUGGGGCAAUUUGGAUUUGGGCAGCGCAACCCGAGGGGUCAGAGGCUCGCUGAGUUUCUGGAAAGAGAAGGACUCUUUAUGAUGAAUUCCUUUUUCCAGAAAUCUCCGCAUAGGAAGUGGACCUGGAUAAGCCCCGACGGUAAAACGAGGAAUGAGAUUGACUUUAUCAUGACAACAAAGAGACAUAUAUUCAAUGAUGUUUCUGUGAUCAACAGGGUGAAAACCGGCAGCGAUCACCGUAUGGUAAGAGGCACAUUGAAUAUAGAUGUAAAACUCGAAAGGUCUCGCUUGAUGAAGUCAACUCUUCGACCGUUCCGCACCCAGAUUCAGAACCCCGAAAGCUUUCAACUCGAGCUCCAAAAUCGCUUCGCUUGCCUAGGCGAUGACGUAUCUGUGGACGAUCUGAACAACAGGCUUAUCGAAACGAUUCGUACGGUAGGGUUGCAUCACUGCAAGAUUCCCCGUAAGAAUCAAUCACAAAAACUUUCCGACCAUACCCUCAAGCUCCUGGCAGAGCGACGCUCUUUGCUACUGAAUACUUCCGAUGAUGCGAAGUCAUAUAGGCAGCUCAAUAGACGAAUUACUAAGUCCUUGCGACACGAUAUCCGCUCCUUCAAUACGAAAAAUAUUGAAGAAGCGAUACAGCGAAAUAAAGGCUCAAAAGUGUUCGCAAGAGAUGGAUCUAUUGGGCAAAGCCGGCUGACUAAGCUGAAGACGGAAAGUGGCAAAAUUGUUUCGUCUCAACCGGAGCUAAUAGGAGAGGUCCUAGAGCCCGACUAA